UAACCAUAUAUCAAAAACCUAAAAAAACUUCAAGAAAACAAUUUUGGUUAUCUCUCAAUACUCUUUCACGUUCAUUUGAACACGUUUGAAGUAUUGGAGAUAGAUUUUUCAUUUUUGGAUACAAUCGUUCGCCUCAGGGCGUUAAAUAUUGCAUGGUUUUGCAUGGUUUAAGAGACUAGUCUUUUGAUCGAUCAGAGUCAACGUUGACGUUACGUUGGUUGAAGAUAUGGAGCCAGCAAAUCUUAAUAUUUUAAGAGGGAGUAAUAGUUUAAGGGGAAAUUUUAGGGCAAAUAGUAGUUCAAUAUUUUCACGUUCAGCUAGAGAUGAAGAUGAUGAAGAAGCUCUUAAAUGGGCUGCUUUAGAAAAAUUGCCAACUUUUGAUCGUCUGAGAAAAGGUUUAUUGUUUGGAUCAGAAGGUGAUUCUGCUGCUGAAGUUGAUAUAAAUGAUAUUGGACAUCAAGAAAGGAAAUCUUUACUUGAGAGGCUUGUUAAAGUUGCAGAUGAAGAUAACGAGAAGUUCUUGUUGAAACUCAAGAAUAGAAUUGACACAGUUGGCAUUGAUAUGCCAUCAAUAGAAGUAAGAUAUGAGAAUCUAACUAUUGAGGCAGAUGCAUAUGUAGGAAGCAGAGCUUUGCCUACUUUUAUCAACUUCAUUACCAACUUCUUUGAGACUGUUGAAUUCUCUUCACAUUCUACCAAGUAAAAAGAGACAAAUUACAAUACUCAAAGAUAUAAGUGGAAUGAUUAAGCCAUGCAGAUUAACUCUGCUUUUGGGACCUCCAAGCUCUGGAAAAACUACAUUUUUAUUAGCUUUGGCUGGAAAGCUUGAUCCUACUCUAAGGGUUAAUGGGAAGGUGACAUAUAAUGGACAUGAAUUACAUGAAUUUGUGCCACAAAGAACAGCUGUUUAUAUUAGCCAACAUGAUUUACAUAUUGGAGAAAUGACUGUAAGAGAAACUUUGGAAUUCUCUGCAAGAUGUCUAGGAGUUGGCUCUAGAUAUCAGAUGUUGGCUGAAUUAUCAAGAAGAGAGAAAGAAGCUAAUAUUAAACCAGAUCCUGAUCUUGGUAUCUACAUGAAGGCUGCAGCAACAGAAGGACAGGAAGCAAAGGUUUACACAGAUUAUGUUCUUAGGAUUUGGGCCAUCCGGAACCGGAUAUUCCUGAAAAGAGCAUUAUUACGGAUUGAUUUGAGCUUGGUUCGAGGUAAGUGUCUUGCCUAACCUUGUGUGGGGGAACUCCCCUUAAAAUUUGGUAUUGUUUUGAUAUGUGAGCACCGUGUAUGUGAAAUGAUGAGUAUGUACACGGGCUAAUUAUUGUCAAAACCCGAUUUUCAUAGAGUAAUAACAUGUUCUUCUUCUUAUUUGAGUUAUAUUAGCAUGUGUAGUACCCUGCUAGCUUGAAAUAGCAUGCCUACUUGCCUUAAUUGCUUAUCUGAACUAUGUGCAGCAUGUUUAGGGAAAUUUCCUGUUUUUCCUUGACUUGUACUUAGUCUAAACUAUAGAAUUUUGUGUUAUAGUUGUUGUUUCUACUAUUUGAUCUGCAUAGUUACCUUGGGACUACGGAACGGUAUUCCGAGAGAUCCCCCUAUACUACAUAUUUACUUUGGGACUACAAAACGGUA